AUUGCAAGAGCUUUAGGCUACUUUAAGAAAAAUACAGGCUUAAGGGAUAAAUCUACGAAUAGUAUUUUAUUUUUUAUUAGUAAAAGACUGUAAGCCAAGGCAAUAUGCAGGCUUUUAGAAACUGUGGUUUGUGUGCUAGUGGGAAUCUUUUUAAAGGUCGGACCGACUUCCUGGUAGCCCGGAGAAACAUGUCUGUGCUGCGAGUCAGCGCUGCGUGCGUUCAACUUCUCAAGGACAAGACCAAUGUGUUCUGCAGCAGCCCGGUUCAUCAGCGUCUCCUGCGCCUUGCCCGAUCCAAAGCAGUUGCGUUCAGUGUCAGCAGCGGCCUCUGUGCUGUUCCUUUCACACAGCAGGUUGAAAACCUCUCGCAUGAAUCCUUGAUUCGUCGGGCCUCUUGUCUGGUCACAGACAGUGCCAACACAUACCUCUCUCAGACAACGCUGGCCCUUGUGGAUGCCCACACACAAUAUGCAAAGGCACUACAUACACUCAUUGCCCUUCAGAAGCGAUACAUUACCUCAAUAGGAAAACUGACCCCUGCUGAAGAGGACAGCAUUUGGCAGGUGAUCAUUGGCCAGCGAGUAGAGGUUAGUGAUAGAUUGGAAGAAUGUAAACGCUUUGAGUCAAACUGGAUGAAUGCCAUCCACAUCUGUGAGUUGUCAGCAGAGGCAGCAUACAAUUCAGGGGCAGAGCAUGCAUGCACAGCUACAAAGACUAACCUGCAGGUGGCACAGUCCAAAGUGGAGGAGAUUAGAAAGAUCUCAAGAGAAGCAAAGAAAAAACUGGCUGAGACUAAAGCAGAAGAAAUCCAGAGAAUGGCUGAAUAUGUGUCCAGCAUUGACAUUAAUGACCUGGAAGAUAUUCCAGAGGCCUACCUUCGUGAGGACUAGAACAAAUACAAAUGUUCUUGAGUUUGCAAUUCUGUAGCAAGCAGUGAAUCACUCAAUGAGUAUGACUGAAUCCAGAAUGCACUUUGACAUGAAUUUGCAUUUUGCAAUGAGUAUUGGUUAUGGAAUUAAAAAGUCCUGAUUUUAAAGGCCUCAUUUAAUCCACAUAAUGUGUGUUUAUAACAAUAGAACAGGUUAAAGUCUAACAAAUGUAAUUUAUUUAAAAUAACUUGUAGUACCUGUUAAAGUUGUUAACACAGCUUGUAAGAUCCAUAGAUUGCUUUAGAAAUAACAUUUGUUUUGGUAUUUGUAUAUAUGUAUAUAUUUUCAUAUUGUUUAUUUUUUGAUGCAAUUACAUGAUAUGAGUUAAUGCAACAUUGUAAUAUCACAUCAUCCUGUGAUAUAAUUUCAAUGUAUUUCUACAAAGUUGCAAUCAAUCUGUUUUAUAUUUUUAAGAGAUCACCUGCUAUUUAUUAUCUUAAUAAAUGGAGAAUUUAUUCAGAA